AUGGACGAGAAUAUCGGUCCCAGCCAUGAGGGCCCAGUGGCCGGCCUGUCUGCGAGUGCGGCGUCCCACCUCAUGACCAGCUUCGCCGCCUACGAGCCCAUUUCGCGUGCCACCACGCCUGGCCUGCCCUUUUCCAAGUCCGAAGAUGACGACAAGAAGCGAUACCGACCCCGAACUUUUGCAUACUUUCAGCUGCUGCCAUUCGAGGUCGAGGAGGAGGCCCAGCGAGAUGCUGCUCUCCAGGGCAUCCUCAAGCAGCUGUACAUUGCCAUCCAGGCCGAGGACUUCUCGCCCGGUGCGCUGCACUGGACCAGAGAGCUCCAGGGAUGGCUGAAUCUCAAGUUUGAGAUGACGAGGGAGCUCAGAGCAAAGUUGGCGAAGCUGUACUACUCGCUGGCGCUGGCUCCCGGCGUUGAUGCCAGUGCUGCAGAUCGCUUUCUGCGCAUGGUCCUCACCCUCACGAGAAAGAAUCACUAUCUGAAGCCUGGCGAAGACCUGACUCUCGACUGGAGACCACUUUGGGGAGAGGUCAAGGCAUGGGCCCUGCCCUCCGAAGUGGCAGCGCACCAGACGAACCGAAGACGAUCUGCGAAGCAGCUCUUGAAGCUGACCGUUCAUGCUCACACAUACUUCGACCCCAAAGAUAGGCUGACAAUGCUGCAAGAGUUCUUGCCCUACUUCAGCACAAACGAUCUUCAAAACGCUUUUGUGGUGGUGGGGGCUCUAAACAGCCUUUUGCCCAGCCAUCCUGCCCCAGAGUCUGAAGUGGGAUCGCACCCGGCCAACUUCUUCCCGACUCUCUUCCAUUUGUGGUCCUUGGUCAAUCGAUCCAAAGUCGUCGAUGUGGCCUUUAUCGACCUGUUUUCUCGGAUAGCGAGAGAUCACAGCCACUGCUCCUACGUCCCCUUUGGAGAACACGGCAUUUUCACAAAGGCUCAAUCUGACCUCAUCUUUACAGCAAUUCUUCGGUUGACUCAGAUCCCGGUUGGGCAAGCCAACUCUCCUUACACACCUCUCGACUACAUGGCUGGAACUGGCUUGUAUUUCGAAAAGGAUAAGAAGAAAUACCCAAUUGCCUAUAUGAUAGCUCGACUGAUCGUAAGCUCUUUGUCUCCCGCCUGCUGCGACCAUGAAGAGUCCAUCAUGUCGAGUUUGGAAGGUCUGAUGGAUUCCAUCGAUACCUUCUUCCACCCCUCCAACCAAGGCAACUGGUCAGGUAUGCUCGGCCAACUUGUGCUCUAUCUGACCGAUGGAUUUGUGUCUCGGUGGAACCGCGAACAGAGCUCGGAGCUAGAUAUCCCGUAUGAGCGAAAGAUCAACGACGCCUUGAAAAAGCGAUUCGUGAACUCGCUCAAAGAAGUCACCUUCAUGGGCCUGUUCUCGAAGAGUACUCGAGUGGCGCAGUGCUAUUACAACACGCUGCAGGGGCUGGCUUAUCUUGAGCCUGACCUGGUCCUCCCAGGAGCGCUUCAACGCUUUUACCCAAGUCUUCAGGGCUUGGUCGAGGUUCACCGGACUACGUCUAGUUUGAACGGCUUACAAAUGAUUGCCAACAUCAUGUCAAAGCUGAAGGGUUACCGCUGUCACAUCACAGCCUUGCUGGCCCUGGCUCUUCCUGGAAUUGAUGCCAAUGAUCUUAACAAAACACAGUACACUCUGCACUUUAUCCAGGCAGUGGCAUACAGCAUCCCCAUCGUUCCGCUCACGAGCGGCGAGAGCCAUAUUCACGACACGACUUUGGCCAUGGAGUGGGUACAGGGCGAGAUGGACCGUAUGGAGCUUGAGGGCCAGAAUGUUAAGAUUGACUACAAUUCUGAGCUCAGCGAUGAAGAUGAAUCAAACAUCCUUCGGUCUUCGACUGCUGGAUUCGGGGAAUUCAUCAUCACACUCUUGGGCAAAGUUUUUACUCUGCUUGAGAACCUCCCCGAUGCCAACCAGGUUCGUGGAGGAACACCAGAGGAUAGCGUUGUCAAUGCCCUGCCGGCUGCUCUUUCUCCGCUGUUUGCAUCCAUGUCUCCGGAUCUUUUUGACAUUACCCUCGAAAAGAUUGCUACUUUUGUCGCCUCACACGUCGUCCACCAAGCUCGGGACGCCAUGGCUUGGAUUCUCAAUGCUCUUUGCAAAGUCAACCCAGAGAAAACACUCAAGGUGUUCAUCCCCAUGCUUGUGGUCAACAUUCGAAAUGAAAUCGAUUUCAACCACGCAGCUUCUGAUCGUACCAGCGGGACAGACUAUUUGCCCAGAGAUCGGGCUCUUGUAUGGCAUGUCACCAUGCUCGCCAUGGCUGUCGUGCACGUUGGCCGCGAGGUUCUCAACUACAAGGAUGAGUUGCUUGGAAUUGCACAGUACAUGCAAGAAAAAUGCCGAGGCCUGCCAACUAUCCUUGUUUCAAACUAUAUUCAUCAUUUGUUGCUCAACCUUACCCAUACCUACCCCAUCGAUCAUGCCUUGUAUGAACCCGACGUUAUCAAGAGAGGGCUUGAUGUCACCGACUGGGGCCAAACAACUGCUCCCGCUAACCUUACCAUCAAGUGGCACCAGCCGUCUCCGCCAGAGAUUGAGUUUGCAGUUGAGCUUUUCGCCUCACAGACCAAGUCAGCCGCUGAGCAGCUAGAACUAUUGCUGAGCGACGAUCCUCCGGUGAGCCGAAAAGGCAAGAACAAGGAGUGGUCCGAUGAAGUUUCUCGGCUGAUGCAACAAAUUCGACUGGUUACAAGCGGCAUGGCCACCAUGUUCGACCCCAAGCGAGCCUCAGGAGAGAUUACCAAGACAGAUACUGGGAAUGCCGAUGUUGUCAUGGACGUCGAUGUCGAAGUGGAGUCAGAAGAUGUCAUGGUAGACGAUGAACCCCUUGCGGAGGUAUCUGAAGACGAAGAGUUGCGUCCUCAGUACAGAUACAAAGCUGGAUAUCUGCUUAGCCCAACUGACCCUGUGUAUGAGCGAAUCCACGAUUUGAGAGAGCAGCUUGGUCAGCUGCUGACGAGGGCGCACACCUUCUUCACCCAAAACGAACCGGAUGAUGUCGAAUGCUUCACCACGUUAUACACUGCAUACCGAACGUGGAUUACAGACGUGGGCAUCGAGCGAUCGGCCCAUCCGCUAGAACGACACUUGCGGCUAUACAAGUGCGAUAUUGCUGCCUUCAAGAUUAAGGGUCUGAGAAAGGUUUAUCCUCGACCUUUGCUCAUCAAGCGUGCAGAGGCAUACCAAAUGCUGCGCAUGAAGCACAAUGCAUCGGCUCGACAGAAGAGCGAAUUAGACAAGCGUCUCUUACUGGACCUUGCACAGUCGUGUCUCUCUUCAUACGCAGACGUCCGCCGCGUUGCACAGAGCUCGCAGGACUCUUCACUCAAGGUGCUUAUCGGUGGCAAACCUCUGGUUAUCCCCGUCCUCCUGGACGGCUUCAAGAAGGCUAUUGAAGAGAAUGACCAUGACAGGAUCAAAGGCGCCAUGUAUUCCCUGUUUUUCACGUCGCUUUUGAGAACACUGACCAGAGACUGGAGAUUUGCCCCUGAUGCGAUGCGCCUCUACAUAGAGACAGCAGGCAUCGACAAGCCAUCCAUACAGAAUCUUGGAUCUUCUGCCAUCUAUUCACUGAUUGAAUUUGGAAAGUCGUUUGAACGAGCCAGUUUGGUUGAUGACGCACUGGUAAACACAAUCAAGCCCGGCGACGUAUCUUCUGCCAUCCGCAGCCGCCACCAAUUCAUACUGAACAGGCGCAAAAGAGUCGAGACUUCCAAGGCGAACCUCGGACUGGAGCUAACGAAGCUGGCAAAGGGGGCUCAUUGGAAGAUUGCGACACGGUGUGCCGUCUUUGCGACCAACCUGUGCCUUCGGUUUGACACAAUCGCCCCAGAAGAGUUUGUCGACUUGGUAGCGACUGGAACAAAUGACCCGCAUCCGGGUCUGAGGAAUUACUUUCUCACUGCCUUUACUUCCCUGUUCACUACUAUCGAUAUGCGAGCUGUCUAUGACCAUGAUUAUCGCAACUACCUGUUGGAAAAGGAGGUGGAGAACAGAAACAAGAUUCAGGUCCCGGUGGACAAGGGCAAUGCUGAGUUCACAAAAAAAUUUCUGGACGCAUUCGAAGCGCCUCCUGAGGAAGCAGAGUACAUGGUGGACUUUGACCAUCCUGGAUGGCUGGUCUGGGGCAAGAGCUUUACUGCGUAUCGCGCACGCCCCAAGCAUUUCGACAGCUAUGACGACGCUGAACGAGCUGUGCGCGACCAGGUUGGCAAGAUCUUGACCAAGGAAUGGUUUUCAAAAUGCUUCGAGUACCUCAAGCAAGAGCCUCGAGACGCUACUAAUGACAGAUUCCGCAUGAACAAUGUCUACCUGCUAAUGCACGUGUUCGAUCUGAUGCACUAUGGUCGAACAGCUGCCACUUUGGAUGACAUCAAGGAGCUCACCAUGGAAAUCUAUGGCGACGGCAACGAUAAGCACCAGCAUCGUGCGACUGCAGAGAUUAUCGGUGCGCUGCUAGGCGGGUCCAGCGAUGAUCCGCCGGAAAUACGCAGUAGAGUUUGGGCAUUCGCUGCGCCAGUGUUGCUCAAGGUCAUUGAUGAAGCUCUGACGCCAGAAAACUUGCAAUAUUGGCUUACCUGCCUUCAUCUUAUCCUCGACUCAAAGGAUCCACGUCGAUCUCACGAGAUUGUUGAUGAGCUCAAGUCAUUCCGACUUGACAUGACUUCCAACGCUGCUUUCAAGGAGUCUUCCAAGGUCCAGCUGCUAGAGUUUGUUAUAGCCGAUGCUGGAUGGCAUUUCCGUCACGAGAAGCCGAUUCUGGAAGAUUUCUUGGCUCACAUAGACCACCCUUACAAAGCUGUGCGCGAAGCUAUCGGCCGUGUUCUGUCUGUAAUCUACAAGACAAGAUACUACGAGGCUUUUGAGAAUGUGAAUGCUCUGUUAGAGGCCAACAAGCAGGCGUCAUCGAUUGGACUUAGGCCAUAUGAACUAUCUGAUGAGCUGAAGACUACGAUGAAGGACGUAUUCGAUCGACUCGAGAAAUGGCGCCUUGAGCGAGUGCCAGGACAACAAGAUCAAUCCGCAUACACGUGCGGAUCCAAGACUGUACUGGUGUGGCUAGAUUGUACGCUAUCAUCGCAUGAAUGCACCCAAUUGGUGCCAUUCUUUGCAACUCCGUUCAUGGACCAGCUUCUACACAUGAUGGAUGUCAAGGAAGACCCGGAGCUUAUGAAGGUCGCAUACCACGUAUAUCGACACCUCCCCAACAUUCCUUUCCGUGACGGGGAAGAUGCUCAAUUCAUUGAUGGGCUUGUUAAAAUCGGCAGAACAGCCAGCAGCUGGCAUCAGCGACUGCGAGCUCUGGUCAAUAUGCAAGUCAUUUACUUCCGCCGCAUCUUCCUGACAGAGGAGCGAGAGCGGGAUGUCUUAUUUAACAAUGUGUCAGACAUGCUUGGCGACCCUCAGCUUGAGGUUCGAGCAUGUGCGGCGACGACGCUUGCUGGCAUGAUCCGCUGUUCUCCAGGCCGCAUCCGAGAUCCCCUGAUUGUACGCCUCAAGCGUCGCUUCGAGAUCGAGCUGGACCAAAAUCCGAUGCCCAAGCGUGGCCCUAAACUCUCUGGAACUGAAACACCCGUCGACAUCCACAAGCAGAUUAACAGGAGACACGCUGCGGUCUUGGGUCUGGGUGCCUUGAUCGAGGCUUUCCCGUACGCCACACCGCCACCGAAAUGGAUGCCAGAGGUCCUGGCCACUGUGGCUCGACGAGCUGCGGGCGACCCAGGAGUUGUUGGCAAAGCUGCCAAGGGAAUCCUCAGCGAAUUCAAGAAGACGAGACAGGAUAGCUGGACUGUUGAUCAAAAGUAUUUUACUCAGGAUCAACUAGAGGACCUGGAAGGAGUUUUGUGGAAGAGCUAUUUCGCUUAGUUACAUCUAUUUCCUUUCCCAAGAAAGGCAUGGAAAGGAAGCUGUUGGUAAUUGUAGACAUGGUUCAACUGCAGAUUUCUAGGGUUCGGCAUUAGGUUUAUUGAAGAGUAUGUUGCUCUUGGUAGAAAUAGGAUCUCGGAAAUGGGCAUAUAAGGCAUGGGGUUGGACGGGACGGGACGAGUUCACCGCUUUGAGUAGGAAGAGGGUAACUGUAUAGGCUUUCUGUUCCCCUCAUGCAAGGAAGACCUUUUUCACUUUUGUUCUCCCCACUCUUGCGCUUGUGGAUGAUUUAUGUAGGCAUUAGUUUGAGAGAAGUGAAGGGAGAUUGAUGCCUGG